GUGCUGGGAUGGCUGGAGAAGGUCGCGAUUUGCAGUUGAGCUGAGGGAGGCGUGAAGUAUCAUCCAUCCCCUGCUGACAUUUCAGAAUUAGAGGUAUGGAUCUUUGGCAUCUGCUGUUUACUUUGGCACUGGUCUGUGCAAAUGACUCACUUUCUGCAAGUGAUGACCUUUUACGGUGGCCACAAAUCAGCAAGUGCAGAUCACCUGAGCUGGAGACAUUUUCAUGUUAUUGGACUGAUGGAAAUUUUUAUAAUCUCACUGCUCCAGGAACAAUACAACUAUUGUACAUGAAAAGGAAUGAUGAAGACUGGAAAGAAUGCCCUGAUUAUAUCACUGCAGGAGAAAAUAGCUGUUAUUUCAACACAUCCUACACCUCUAUUUGGAUACCAUAUUGUGUUAAGCUUGCCAAUAAAGAUGAAGUAUUUGAUGAAAAAUGUUUCAGUGUUGAUGAAAUAGUCCUACCCGAUCCUCCUGUCCACCUUAACUGGACUCUGCUAAAUACUAGUCAAACUGGGAUCCAUGGGGAUAUCCAAGUAAAAUGGGAUCCACCACCAACAGCAGAUGUUCAGAAGGGAUGGAUUACUCUGGAGUAUGAACUGCAGUACAAAGAAGUUAAUGAGACAAAAUGGAAGGAGUUAGAACCCAGACUCUCAACAAUGGUUCCACUGUACUCUCUGAAGAUGGGAAGAGAUUAUGAGAUACGAGUCCGAUCAAGACAACGUACCUCCGAGAAAUUUGGGGAGUUCAGUGAAAUCCUUUAUGUAUCUUUUUCUCAAACAGGCAUUGAAUUUGUUCAUUGUGCUGAAGAACAGUGAGUGUUUUUCUGAUUCUUGCUUCUGUUAGUCUUCGGAGCAUGUGGGCUGGCUGUUACAGUGAUCUUAAUCCUGCUGUCUAAACAACCAAGGUUGAAAAUGAUGAUUUUUCCUCCAGUGCCAGUUCCAAAGAUUAAAGGAAUUGACCCAGAUCUCUUGAAGAAAGGAAAGCUAGAUGAAGUGAACUCCAUCUUAGCCAGCCAUGACAACUACAAGACACAGCUGUACAAUGAUGACUUGUGGGUUGAGUUCAUUGAGUUGGACAUAGAAGACCCUGACGAAAAGAACAGAGUCUCGGAUACCGACAGGCUCCUGAGUGAAGAUCAUCUGAAAUCACACAGCUGCUUGGGAGCAAAGGAUGAUGAUUCUGGACGGGCCAGUUGUUGUGAACCAGAUAUUCCAGAAACAGACUUCAGUGCAAGCGACACAUGUGAUGCCAUCUCUGAUAUUGAUCAGUUCAAAAAGGUAACUGAAAAAGAAGAGGAUCUCUUGUGCCUUGGCAGAAAAGAUAAUGAUGAGUCGCUUCCAAGCCUUGCCGACGCUGACACCCAAGAGCCGCAUGUGAGUACUCAGUCUGAAAACAGCCAGCUGUGGCCACCUUUUGCAGACAGCAGUGACUCAGCUAGUCCAUCGGUCCAUACCCAGCUAAGCAACCAGAAUUCAUUGACAAAUACUGACUUUUACGCGCAAGUGAGUGAUAUUACUCCAGCAGGCAGCGUUGUACUUUCACCAGGGCAGAAGUCCAAGGUGGGGAAAGCACAGUGUGAAGGCUGCACAGAACAAAACUUCACGAUGGACAACGCCUACUUCUGUGAGGCAGAUGUGAAGAAAUGUAUUGCUGUGACUUCCCACGAAGAGGAUGAGCCGCAUGUUCAGGAGCAAAGCUGUAAUGAGGAUGCUUACUUCACCACAGAGAGCCUUACCACUACCGGUGUCAAUCUUGGAGCUUCAACAGCAGAAACCCCAAGUUCAGAGAUGCCUGUCCCAGACUACACGUCUAUUCACAUCGUUCACUCUCCACAAGGCCUUGUGCUCAAUGCAACUGCGCUGCCUGUGCCAGACAAGGAAUUCAACAUGUCUUGUGGCUAUGUGAGCACAGACCAGCUGAACAAAAUCAUGCCAUAGCUCUUCUUUGACUAGGUGUGUGCAGUAUUUCACAGCAGAGAAUCAGCUCAGGCUUGUAUGCCGAAACCAAAAUGAAGUCUAAAAGUUUUUUGUGGCUCAUAUAGUUUUAUCUGAAAUGUUGCAACAUAAAAUACUCAUCAAAAUAUUCCUAUCGUGUUCUGUAAAUACUAUCUAUGAAUUUGUCUUGAGACUGUUUUACUAGCAGUGACUGUUUUGUUCUUGUGGGUGUUGAUUUUUGUGAUACUAAACAUUGAAAUUACUAUGUUUAAUGUACAGUGAAUCAUGCAUUUUGAUAAAGCUAAAAAUCAGGUGGUUUAAGAAUUUAGUAAAAACCGUGCUGUUGGCAGAGAUCUUUAUAUCAGUAAUUUGGAACUGAACAUAUAAGUGAAAAAACAAACAUAGCUUGAAUAAAUAACACUUCUAUUUUGAUUUACAUAAAUUAAUAAAAUAUAUUUUAGUAUUUUAGUCAUAAAAACAUAAACAUUUUCUAUUACAGUACACACUGUAGUUCAAUUAUGAU